AUCUGCUUUUGGAGCAACAUGCCCGGGGUCACGGAGUUCAUUAUAUGCGUCACGAUAAUGCCUCCAGAGACUUCAGACUGAUAUAAAAGCCAUCCGUUUGGAUGGCUGAACUUUUACACCGCUUAGUUGAGCGUAGCAUUUCACUGCUCUUGCUUGCCCCACAUGCCCAUCGACGAAGAAAAGAAAUCAGAAAAUGUGGUCACAGUGUCGAAUAACGCUGAUGACUCCAGGCUGAUGACACUGGACGCCAGCCUGAGAAUGGCGGAAGAGCGAGCGUUAUUACGCAAAUUGGAUCGCCGGCUGAUGCCCACUGCCACGGUCAUAUACCUCUUGAACUACAUCGAUCGUGUCGCUGUUACUAGUGCACGGCUGCAAGGUUUAGAGGCAGACCUCGGAUUGUCAACCGUUCAGUAUGAAACUGUUCUAGCUAUUCUUUAUGUAACCUAUUGCCCAGCACAAAUACCCUCGAAUAUGAUUUUGAGUUAUAUUUCACGACCAUCGCUGUAUAUUGGGGCUUGCGUUGUAACAUGGGGUCUUACAAGUGCUUUAACCGGGGUCACAACAAACUUUGCGGGCAUCAUGGCUUGUCGUAUAUUCAUUGGUCUUCCUGAGGCUGCAUUUUAUCCUGGCGUCAUGUAUCUGCUCUCGCGAUGGUAUACUAGGAAGGAGCUUACUGUGCGGUCAGCUUGGUUCUAUGCCGGACUUCUAAUCUCGAAUGCAUUCGGAAGUUUAAUUGCAGCUGGAAUUCUCGCAAACAUGCAAGGCAAACUGGGACUUGCGGCCUGGAGAUGGUUAUUCUACAUAGAGGGAGCUAUCACCAUGUUCUUUGGCUUCUUGACCAUGUGGCUUCUUCCAGAUUUUCCCCACAACACUCGAUGGCUUGACGCAGCGGAACGCCGCUUGGCUCAAGUUCGCCUCGCCGAAGAUGCAGGGGAAGCCGACAAGGAUGCUGACAACCUCACCAUUUACGAUGGCUUGUUGCUGGCUAUCAAGGAUCCAAAGACCAUCAUAUUCAUGUUUAUGAGCUGCUCGCAAAUCCUAGGCAACAGUGUCGUCAACUUCUUCCCAACCUUAACUGCUACGCUUGGUUUCAACACUACAGAUACAUUGUUGAUGGCGGCUCCUCCAUGGGUACUGGCGGCAGCCUUAUGCGUACUCAACGGAUGGCAUGCAGAUAGGACUGGAGAACGGUUCUUCCAUAUGGCUAGCUGGUGGUGGGUGGCUAUCGUCGGAUACAUCAUCUCGCUAUGCACUAUGAAUACGGGCGGGCGAUACUCUUCCUUGUUCCUCAUGACCACUGGGUAUUGUGGAUUUGCCUUGACAUUGACCUGGGUUUCAAACGCCAUUCCUCGUCCUCCAGCAAAACGCUCCGUAGCUAUGGGACUUGUCAAUGGGUUUGGAAACCUAGGUAGCAUCAUGGGCUCCUACGUCUGGAAUGCCGCGUGGGGCCCUCAGUACCAUCAAUCCAUGAUUAUCUCAUUGUGCAGUUUCGUUUGUUCCACAUUCCUGGGCUUGCUAAUGCGGUGGAUAUUAAUCAAAGAGAACAACCAAAUAGAUGGGGAGGAGAAGAAAUUGAUGGAAGGCCCUGGACGCGAACGUAUCGAGGAGGCUGCUAGAUUGGAAGGAAUUUCAUUCGAAGAGGCUCUGAAAAGAAGGAAGAGCUUCAGGUAUCUGUAUUGAUCUUUUAAGAGACUGUAAUCAUGUACGAUAGAUCUACUAUGAUAGGGUUGGACUCUUGUCACUUGGAUUUUGUACUCCACUUGAUUUAGAGGUUGACGUCGACUGCAAGAGUUUGAACUCGGACUAUGUAACGGUUUCAGGAAGUUAUUUGGCAAGAGCCUUG